CUCAAAAUAUCAAUGUUAAAAGUCCUAUGCUUUCCAAUUCCACAUACUUUCAAUUCCACCAGCUGACAAGUUAUUUUGAGUUCCGCCGGCCUGCACGAUAUUCGGAGUUCCGCCUGUCAACAUAUUCGGAGUUCCAUAUAUUUCCAAUUCCGGCCAGCUGCAAGAUAUUUUGAGUUCCAGAUAUUCCCAAUUCAGGCGACCCUUCUGGGUCUGUGCCACAGCCACUGAUUCUGCUUUACUUUCUUCUUGAUAGUAAUCAGAAGGAAGUUUCGUUUUCUCUUAUAACAAUAUCCUUACAACUCAAAUCUAUAAUUAAUCUUUUAUACAAAAAAAGUAUAAAAUAUUGAUAACUUACACCUUUUUUCUUUCAAGAAACUAAUGGAUGAAUCGGUUAAAGUUGAGAAACAGGAAACUGCUAUUGAUGACAGUUGGAUUGGAGCGACUGGUACAUCUAGUGGUACAGCUACUCAGCAGCAGAUCAAAAUUGAGAAGGAAGAAGAUGCAACUAGAGUGUGUGUAAUUGCGUCUUAUAAUGUCAAAGAUGAGUCAUCGGAUUCAACAUCCAAUCAGAUGGCGGCAGUUAAGCAGGAGAAUGUUAGCAGCCAAGAACCAGCGCCAGGGUGCAGCACUGCAGGCUCUCCAACCGAUGAUGGUUCCAGCCAACAAUAUUUGAUCCCUGGCUACAAUCUAAUAUUCAUCAAAGAGGAUGCAUGUGUUGAGCAAGAGGCAGAUGGAAGUUCAGUGAAGAGUGAAACGGAGAUGUGGCCUCCAAACUGCAUCACAUCAGGAACUGCCAAUGCAACAGAAGUGGGUGGACUGAAGGCACAUUCAAUCUCUCCAGUGGAAAAGUGUACUGAGCCAUCUGUGGCUGGCAAAAAGACCAAGCUCUACAGUUGUGCUGACUGCAGCUAUGAAACACACCGUUCCCAUGAUUUGAAUAGACACAUGAGAAAACACACUGGGGGAAAGCCUUUCAGUUGUGAGAUUUGUGACUAUAAAUGUGCUUAUUCAAGUCAUUUAAAACAACAUCUCACAACACAUACAGGAGAAACACCUUUCAGCUGUAACUUUUGUGUCUAUAAAUGUGCUCAUUCAAGUUCCUUAAAAAGACAUCUCAGAACACAUACAGGGGAAACACCUUUCAUUUGCGAAUUUUGUGACUAUAAAUGUGCUCUUUCAAGUAGUUUAAAAAUACAUCUCAGAACACAUACAGGAGAAACACCUUUCAGCUGCAACUUUUGUGACUAUAAAUGUGCUCAAUCAAGUACUUUAAAACAACAUCUCAGAACACAUACAGGAGAAACACCUUUCAGCUGCACUUUUUGUGACUAUAAAUGUGCUCGUUCAAGUAGUUUGAAACUACAUCUCAGAACACAUACAGGAGAAACACCUUUCAGCUGCAACUUUUGUGACUAUAAAUGAACUCAUUCCAGUAAUUUGAAAAGACAUCUCAAAAAACUUACAUGAGAAACAAUUUUUAGCUGAGAAUUUUGUAAGCCACAUUUACUCAUUCAAAUUCAUUUAAUUUUUUGGUCGGUCCCAAAUUUUUUAGGUCAAGUCUUUAGUGGAUUAUAUUCACUAAACACUAAUUAGCAAUUCAUAUUUGAUUAAUGUAGGUUGUAAGAUUUUUAACGCCUUGCAACCUGACUUACAAGAGUGUCAAUAUAGCCGAGCGGUUAAGGCCAGAUUGAAAAAAAUCAUUGCUGAAAUUGAUGAUAUUCAAUUAUUUCUAUAAGAGUAUUCCAUAAUCUAAGGUCGAUAUUUACAUGUUUGUAUCAAUUGUUAUCAUAUGCUUGAAAUGUGAAUUCCAUAUGUAAUUUUGUGUAAUUAUUGUGUCAUAGCACCUUUAAUUUACAUGGCUUUUUCUGUUAACUGAAUAAUACUAAUGAUCACUAAGAAUGUGCUGCCCGCACAAAAUCCUGUUUAAUUGCUUUAUGAUUUUAUAUUUUUUAUGUUCAAUACUUUUUCUCUAGUAAUUUUUUUUUCAAAAUUUUAGUUUUUAAAUUUAUGUGUAAUAUCCAAGUAUGACUAUAUUUUUUCAUUUGAUUUUUUACUUAUUUUAUUUCAUUUUUUUUUCUAUUGUGAAUAAAAGUAUGAAGAAGGGCCCCACACAGGAUUACCUUGGGGGUUUCAUUAAGACUUUGAUAUACAAUGUAUAUUGUGCAUGCAACGGUGUUUGCUACACCAGUUAAGAGUGUUUUUUUCUGAAAUAUUUUGUACAAUGUAUGUUGAUUGGUCGAAUAAAUAUUAUAUUAAAUAUUAUAUUAUAUUGAAUAUUAUAUUAUAUUAAAUAUUAUAUUAUAUUAAUAGUUUCAAGUUGAUAUUUUGCUCCGCCAUCAACUCAUCGCCAUGUAGCUUGCUUGAUCCUCUGCUUCUCCUUGAGUAGCUCUCCAAGUCAGCCUUAAUCUGAUUCCUCCAUCGUAGCCUACGUCUAGAAACACUGUCUUAUGGUGUUCACACUAAUCUUUUAGUUGAUAUCAUUCUGUCAGCAUGAUGAAACCCUAGGUCACAGAAUACAUACAGAAUGGAAAGUCGGCUAUAGUGAGGUCCACCUUAAAAGUAUGGCAGUGUUUGAUUAGCAAUGGUAUUGCUAUCAUUGUCUAUCAUUCAAUAAAGUGGAUGGUGUUAUA